GAUCCAUUAAUCAGUUUUUCUCUUCUCAUGCGCUCGUGUUGUUCUCAGGUCAGCAUGACCCUGGCGUUGACCCCUGCGGCCGUGUGCCAGUGCUUCACGCUCGUGUCGCUGUGCACGUCUAUCGCGGAUCCCAACUGGAUCCAGGUCCAGAACUGCUCCGAUUCAAGCAGCAAUCUCAUCUACGGCGUGGCCUUCACACUGCACGCGUAUCAGAAUCUCACAGACACAGGUCCGUUGGGUGGGCUGCACGGAUGGGGAAUGUGGCUGCUGUACUCUCUGGCCGCUCUCUGCUACAGCGCCGUGCUGUUUUCCAGUUCCUCUUUCCUGCUGGAUUUCCUCGGAGCAGCGGUCACUCACUCAAAGCUGGUGACGUCUCUGCACGUCUUGACAGCGUUCAUCUGUGUGGCGGUUGUGUGUGUGUGUGUGGCCUGUAUGAGUGUGAUUGAGCACAAUCUGCAGCGAGCGAAGACAGAAAGGCUUUGCAUUUCUGCAGGAGAAAGCUUCUACAUCGAGAUGUUGGGCCUGCUCUUCUCCUUCAUAGCGUGCUCUUUGGCCCUCAAGGGUCGUCCUGUAGCCAUCAGGCCCCAUGAGUAUCUGAGCGUGGAUGGAGCGGACUGCGACACGGAGCCUUUGAUGGGUGGAGCUGAGAGAGAGAAGUAAACAGAAAGAGUUAUGCACUUCAUUUCGAAUGACAGAAGAGCAAGAGCGG